AUGGCCACCGCAAUUGCACCUCUCGUUCGGUCUUCCUUCGGGCAAUGGAGGGAGCUCGUGUCAUCCGGGCAGCUUGCGGCAUGUAACCACGAAGUCCCGCUUGCUCUGUGGGAAGAUGAACUUGGUCGGCUGAGGCUUUGGAUAGCCAAUAUUGGAGCUCAUCAGAGCCGUCAGUCGUCUCUUGAUUAUAGAUUACGCGACGCAUCGCAUAUCAAAGAUCAAGUAAUACGAGUCCUCCGGCGAUUACAACGGCUACAUGAGGACCUGCGAGAUACGUUGAUCGGCCUCAAUGAGGCCGGAGAAGAAGUGUCAGAAGGAAGCGAGGAAGAAGGUGAGGAGGAAAGUGAAACGGAUCUACAGCAAAUCUAUAGAGUCCUACGCGACACGGUCGACUGCCUCUUCCAGUUAUCCCUGGCAAUCCGCCAGCCAGCACAUCAUGAUCCUUUCACCCGGGUGAAGAGGGCUGAUGCAGCCCACUUCGAGUAUUACGAUCGACAGCACGUCCAAAGCAAAUAUCCUCAAAUUUCAGAAGCUAUUUCUGAUCGCCUGGGGGCGGCAAUAUCUCUCCGUCGGGCUGUUCUUCAGUAUUAUGAGCGCCACCACCUAAAGCUCAGCGAGGACCCUGACAAGGUCCUGUCUGAUGCAGUCUCCGCUACCAAGUUGUCCGAAACCGUGGCUAGCGAAUAUAUUCCCAAAUCCACAGAAACUCUGGAAGCUGAUUCACAGAUAUCUCAGACUUCGUACUCAGAGUCCGCAUUUCAAGGAAGUGGUGGGCUAGCUAUUCCCUCACUACCGGACGGAUCAACUUACGGCAUCCCGUUCGAGUGCCCCUAUUGCUUCUUUCUGGUGAAUGUUGCCAACAAGCACAAUUGGGCUCGCCACGUAUUCAAUGAUUUGAAGCCAUAUGUCUGCGUCAUUCCUGACUGUCAAAUCCCCCAUCGCCUCUACGAGUCUCGCCGUGAAUGGUAUGCUCAUAUGCAGGCUCAACAUAGGAUGAGCCUGAGUGCUGGUGAUCACCCCAAGUGCCUGCUUUGUGGAUCUAGAUUGAGUCCCGGGGAGGUCCUAGAGAAACAUGUUGCCAGGCACUUAGAGGAGUUGGCAUUAUUUGCACUACCACGGCCUGAUACGGCCGACGAAGAGGCA